CAGUUGCCAUUUGGCCGCGUUCAAGUCAACAAGUGUCUUCGGCUCUUCGAAUAUCAAAACGGGCUCUCGGUCCUUUGAUUCAAAAUCCAACCGAAGCUGCUUUUGCGAAUAUCUUUAUUGAAUUUUAACAAGCUUACAAAAUGUGCCUCCUGCCCGGUCGCUUCUUCUGGUCAGCUUUCAUUGUGACGAUGGUGGGUCUAUCCGCAACGAUCGAAGCUAGACCCCAGAGGAAUCUGCAGCACAUCGCCGUGGUGGAGAAUGCCGCCUGGGAAAAGACCCUUCCGCAGCAGUUCCAGAACCCCUUCUACAAUACCCCAAGGGUGAGAGAUGCCCUGGCCAGAUCCAGUUGGUUUGGACCCGGCGAGGAGGUGGUUUAUGACCGCCAGGCUGAAAAAAUUCCUCGCAUGGAAAUCUACAAUGUGUUGUCUCAUGCUGGUUUGAUACCACGCCGGCGUUUUCUUUAAAUUAUGAAUAUUUCAAUACCGCAUAUCUGUUGUAAAAUUAUAAAAAUAAAAGUCAGUCAUUAGUGUAGG